AUGGGAAAGCCUAAAGGUAUUCGAACGGCUAGAAAGCUAAAAAAGCAUCGUCAGGAGCAACGUUGGAACGACAAGCGCUACAAGAAGACUAAUUUGGGUACACGUUGGAAGGCAGAUCCUUUUGGAGGUGCUUGUAUGGCAAAGGGUAUUGUUCUUGAAAAAAUUGGUGUUGAGGCAAAACAACCUAACUCAGCUAUUCGCAAAUGUGAAAACGAUGAAGUUCUUGUCUCUGGUUUCGGUCGAAGUGGACACGCAGUUGGUGACAUUCCUGGAGUUCGUUUCAAGGUUGUAAAGGUAGCAAAUACUUCUUUGCUUGCGCUCUUCCGAGGAAAGAAGGAACGUCCACGUUCUUAA